AAAUAAUUUCAUUGAUAUAAGCAAAUUGCCAAGAUGGUUGCCAAACAAAAACUUCCUGGUUUUGUAAACUUGUUAUUUUUUUUAAAUACACUCCGUUUUUUCAGUUUAUACUGUGAAGCAUCGUCUGAUCAAGUACAAUAUUGUUGGUCAGGUACAGAAGAUGACAUAUCUGCCUGGAUGAAUCUCACAUGCUCAACAAACCAGUCAAACUUACCAAACCUUGUCUCAUCAAAAGCCCUACCAACAACAAAUCAAACAAGUCAUGACACUACGACAAUGUUACCACAGAAGAAAUAUUAUUGUAUGGCAUUUCAGUACAAUGAGACAACUGAGAACUCUAGCACUGGGGAAAAGGUUGUAAAGUUUAUGGCUGAUUAUUCAUGUGACAUGGAGAAUUUAUGUGAUGGUAGGAGUAUGUACUCGGGGUACACGAUCUUCUCUGACAAAAGACAGAGGGAGGGGCAUCUAUAUUGUUGUGACUCCGGUAACAACUGUAAUACACAUAUGUUGGUGUAUAAGAGAAUAAAUCAACACACAUGCUACAUUGGUGAUCGUAACACUUUCAGUCUAAGUAUAGAUCACUGCCCACAUCAGAAAACACAUUGUGUGAAAACCGUGGUGAAACAGACAUCUAACCAAUCUCCAGACAUUGAAACUAUACAAGAAUCAUAUACUUGUGAUAUCAAUAAUAAAAUCUGCAGUGAACUAACUGAAGCGGAAAACCAUAGCUGUAAAGAAACCAAGACAUCUUUAGCUAAUGGUACAACUUUUGAGAAGACCGUUUGUUGUUGUAAGGGAGAUAAUUGCUACAAGCCACCAUGGGCGGAUGGUGUUAUACCACGAGGUGUGACUAACAAACACUCCAUGCAGAAUACAUGGCAGAGAACUAUGCUUAUAAUUAUAGGAGUUGCUCUAGGUAUCCUGGUUGUAGGUGUGACAUUAUUCUUUGUAAGAAGAUCCAUACAGGGUGAGGGAAAAUCAGAGAGUCCGAGUAAACAGUACAAUACAGCGUACCGAAGUAUGACGAUGGAGAAUGGUGUAGAUACAGAUGAUAGAGUACAAAUAUUGGCCACGUGAUGUAAAACUAUACAAAAUGGGUGAUAAGUGAUGUAUAACUAUACAGAAUGGGUGAUAAGUGGUGUAAAACUAUACAGAAUGAGUGAUAAUGUGAUGUAAAACUAUACAGAAUGGGUGAUAAUGUUAUGUAAAACUAUACAGAAUGGGUGAUAAAUGAUGUAAAACUAUACAGAAUGGGUGAUAUCAUGAUGUAAAACUAUACAGAAUGGGUGAUAAUGUGAUGUAAAACUAUACAGAAUGGGUGAUAAAUAAUGUAAAACUAUACAGAAUGGGUGAUAAGUGAUGAUUAACUAUACAGAAUGGGUGAUAAUGUGAUGUAAAACUAUACAAAAACAUGCAUGUGGUUGUAUUGUAUGAUAGAUACAUUAUUUUACAAGUUAGUCACAAAUGUAUCAUCAUAGAACUAGUUAAGGUUGUGAAACUUUACAAUAUUUUCAUGGUGAAGUUUGAUAACUGAUAAUCACGAUGUACAUGUGUCUUAUCGCAAAUGUUAUAACGUAAACAUACUUAUUACACAAAAAGGGUAUUGAAGAAAAACAGUACAUUGAGGAAUGUCUAAGAAUGAUAUAUAAACUGUAAGUGUGAAUGGAUAUAAGUGUUCUUAUUGCCAAGUUUGAGUUUAGUUGUAGGAAAAUAUCACUUAAGUGUCUUUGUAAGAAUCACCAAAAAUGAAAUCUGUUUGUUGAGUUUAAGUUCUUUUAUACUUGUACAUAGAUUUGUUUUAUAAAUACAUAGUUAUAUAUGAGCAGCGUCACGACAAAACCAACAUAAUGGGUUUGCUACCAGCUUGGAUCCAGACCAGCCUGCGCAUCCACGCAGUCUGAUCAAGAGCCAUGCUGUUUGCUAUCAGAUUCUCUACUUGUUAUAGGGUUUGUUAGCGAACAGCAUGGAUCCCGAUCAGACUGCGCGGAUGCGCAGGCUGGUCUGGAUCCAUGCUGGUCACAAACCCAUUAUGUUGGUUUUGUCGUGACGCGGCUCAUAUUAUGAUAGUUACAUGGAAGUAUUUGAAAAAUAACUUACCUUGUAUUAUUAUUUCUAUACAAUAUUGUUUUCUCAUUGUUGUCUCCACAGCUGAAGAUAGUACAUAAUAAAUUGAUAAUUUUUAGAUAAAGAUAAGCAGAACUACAUAAUCAGGCUUCUAAGUUUAAAGUUAUUAGUUUUCUUUAUAACAUGCUUUUCGGUGGUUUAUAGAAAUAUAUCAGUGAAAUAAAAACUGAUAAUUUCACUGUUUUAAACAGUGAAUUGAUAAUUUCACUGUUUUGAAUAUUUGAGCCUGUUACGUUGUUUCAGUGAAAUACAAGCAUUCACAGUACUGGAAACCAACUUAAUGACGUCACGUCGUAAAUGACGUCACAUUGUAUUAUUAUUUGGCGCCCUUUUCAACUAGUACUAGGUUAAAAUGUCUUUUAAAACGUUUCUUUGCAUAUAAUAAAAAGAAAAUUUGUUUAGUUUAAUGUCAGAUCGAAAUAUAUUUCACGUCGUGAACACCAAAAGUUCAUAUUUCAGUGAAAUAUACCUUUUGGUGCUCACAUGAUGAAAUAUAUUCCGAUCUUACUGAGACUGAACUAAACAAAUAUCCUCUAUGUUACGUAUUUAAGUGGGAAAAUUAAGUAUAAAAUAGCAAUCAUAUUUGUUUUGAAAUAAGUCAAUUUUCGUUCUAAAUAUUAAGUCCAAAUCAUAUUUAAUGGUAGACUGUUGCUUUUUUGUGUUGUUUUUUUUUUUUGUCAUUUUUUUUUUUCAAAAUUCAUACUUUUUUAUUUUCUUAUCUAAUUUUUUUAAACAUAAAUAAAGGAAAUUUUGUUGAUACUUAAACAAUUUGCCAAUUUUAUACAUAUCCUAAAAAGAAUUUAUAAUAUACACUGCACUUUAAAAAUCAAAAACGAACUCAUUACAACGAAAUCAAAGUCAAUUUUCUGUAACUUUAUUACAGGUAAUCUUAAACUUUUCCACAUGUGCUAUUUUAUCUUAACCGUCGGGAAUUUAAAGUGAUUAAGCCUUUGUCACCAUUUUCGAGCUAAGCGGCAGCUGUAAAGUCUGUAUUUCCAUGCAGUCUGGUGAGGCUCUAUAAUGUUGGCCAACCAAAUAAAAAUGUUCAUCUUGAUAUCCCUUAAGAACAUAAUGGACACUUCCAAAAUUAGAGCUGGACAAGUGCAUUUUAAAAAAUUCAACUAUGUCAACUUUGUAGCUUUAAAAUUUGAACUAUCCAUUGUCAUAAAUUAGGGAUGUCAAUACGUAAUUACUUUUAGAUACUUGAACAUAGCCAGCAUAACAUCUACUGCAAAAUCAUUAAUAUUCGGGGGGUACUUUAUGGGUAGAUCAAUCAACAAAUUCUUUCAAGGAUCCAACAUUAUAUGUUAUUUUGGUUUUGAAGUGAUAUAUGUGGAUAUAUUACCUGCUAAGAUUUUAUAUCACCCGAGCCGUUAGGCGAGGGUGAUAUUUUAUCUUGGCAGGUAAUAUAUCCACAUAUAUCACUCCAAAACCAAAAUAAUAAUUUUAUUACCCUUCCCCUGCCGAGUUUAAACGAUUUUUUAAAAAAUCAUUGCUGUUUCAAAUGAAACGUCGAAAUAAGAUUCCCUUUAGGGUACCUCUUCAUCACAACAUGACGUCACAUAAAUACAUGACGUAUUUUCCCGUACCUAAUGAAUGUAAACAAGAGAAAAGGAGUAGUCUAUUGAAAGCACUUUUUUGUAAUUAAUAUCAAGCUUUCACAAGGUCAUAUUUGUUUUCAAUACUGAUGGGAAUUUGCAUCAUUACUCUACUUUGGUAAAUAUUUAUCAUUUGACAGUUAAAAAGUGCUUGUAAAUCGGAAUUUACACUGCGUAAAAUCGAACCGUACGCGCAUCACCUCAGCGCAUGUCGUUUACAACGUUGGGUACCCAACGGGGACAUUUAAUGUGUAUAUUACCCGUCUGGCUCGGUUAUAUCAAUUUCUUUCGGGUGAUCAAUAUCCAAUCAAAAAGGCGGAAAAUAUCUGGAAGGGUAAUAAAAUUUUAUUUCUUGGGCUCUAAGAUUAUUUUUGUAAACUUAUUUGUGUUUUACUCUUUUAUUUUUUUUUAAAGAAAAAUAGAGGGGGGAGGUGAGGGGGGGGUUCUAGCAUUGAUAAUGACCUUUAUGAUCUUACUGGGAGGUCAGUGUAGAGCCACCACGGUUAGCCUUGUGUAUCUGUGCAGCCUGACAUGUCCAUAUUGUUGACUGUGCAAAUUUUAAUAGUUAGAUAUAGAAUCAUUGGUAGGUCUGAAUACACAGUAGGACACUAGGGUUAGUUACUAAGUCCUGGUUUUUUGUUACGUACAUAUUUCUAUAAAUAGAUUGACGUUUUAUAUUUUAUGUAAGUUUUUACUACAUGUAUAGGUCUGUGUCUAAUGAUGUGUAGAUUUGUCAAAAAAAAAAAUUGUGGGGUGUUUAUUUUUCUUUAUUUUUUUAUGAUUUUUUUAUUAUUAUUUUUUGGUCUAUUACAUGUUUUUUGUAAUAUCUUUUAUUUCAAUUGAAGUUUUUAAAUAUUUUUAAGUAUUAGCAAAUUAAGGUACAUAUAUGAAUUUAAAACAAACUGUCUUUAAUUGUGAAGAGACAGUGGUUUGUGAUAUGUCUAACACACUUUUGUAAACAUGUUUUUGAUCAUUUUUGGGUAAGAAAGUUUUUAAAAAAUAUUGGCAUUAAGGAAAAAAACAACAGCUGGGCAUAAACAUUAUUAAAAAUCAGUCAGAAAUAAACUGUGAUAAUUUGCACGCAUAUUUAUCGUAAUAAUAUACAUGUGUAUCUCAUAAAUGUAGCUUUAAUAUUUCUAUUAACACCCCCUUUCAAAGAAAAUCGGGUAUAUUGUUUUGCCACUGUAGGUAAAUCAAGUUCUUUUGCACUCAAUAACUAGAGAACCGUUUGACCGAUAGCCUUGAAACUUCAUAGGAUGGUCAGCCACAUUGAGUACCAGACUCUUAGUGGUUUUGGGCUCUGAUGCAUGAAGGUCAAGGUCACAGUGACCCAGCUGAAAUACCAGGGUGUGGUAAAAUAUAAAUAAUUGUUAGGUUAUUAAAACGAAAAAAAAAACAUGCAUAAUGUAAUAUUGAUUUUAAAACUUAGUGUAAUAAAAAGAUUUUCUUGUUUGUUUGAAAUUAAGAAGUAGAAUUAUAAUUGAAUAAGGACAGUCAUUUUAGAUAUUGUCAUUCUGGGGGGAUUUGAUUGACAGCUUAACUCUCCAAAUAUAUGAAUAUUUUAUGUGAUAGGGGGGGAAUUUUACUUGAUUGGUAAAAUAACUACAUGUUCUUGACAGACAAGCAUAAUUUAUUAAACUUUAUAAUAUUCUAAUUGUUGGGAAAACGUUUUGCUACUGGUGAAUUUAUUUAAUUUCAUUAUCUUUUGUGUAAUAUAUCAGAUCUACAGAGAACCAGUUAUUUGCAAAGGAUUAGAUACUAUGUGAAAAUGAAAAUAUUUAAUGUGUGUUUUAAUCAAUAAUUUUAAUUUUUUUGUACCUUAUUGCACCAGAAAUUAUUAUAAUUGUUAAAAGUAUCAUAAACCUACAAUUCUGAAAAAAAAAAAGUUUGUACUUUGUUAAUAUAUACCAUUAUAUACGUGUUAACAUAUUUUUUUGUGAUUUUCAAAACAAUUACUGAUUCGUACUGCAAAUAAAAUGUAUGGGGAUAGGGGAUUAAUGUGUCAUUUUGACAUUUCUUGCAUGAUUAUGCAAUGAAGGUUGUGUAGAUAUGUGUAUAAUGUAUUGAAAAUAUGUUUGUUCAUAUGUGAUGUUUGUGUGUUAAGAGUAUUAAAAAAUUUUUUUUAGUAUUUCGUGAUUUUUUUCACAUUCCACAUCUCGUAUUGCUGGAGUUGUGAUGGUCACAAAUGUGGUUUUACUUUAUCAUUAUACAACUACUGUUGUCGAAAAUAAUACAUAUGAGCUGCGUCACGACAAAACCAACUUAGUGCGUUUGCGACCAGCAUGGAUCCAGACCAGCCUGCGCAUCCACGCAGUCUGAUCAGGAUCCAUGCUGUUCGCCAUCAGUUUCUCUACUUGUUAUAGGGUUUGUAAGCGAAUAGCAUGGAUCCUGAUCAGCCUGCGCGGAUGCACAGGCUGGUCUGGAUCCAUUUUGGUUGCAAACGCACUAUGUUGGUUUUGUCAUGGCGCGGCUCGUAUAGUUUUCUCUAGGUCUUCUUUAUGCAUUUUACACAAGGUGUGUAAUAGAAGGAUAAUUCAUGAUUGUGCUAUCCUGGGAGAUUGUAUCACUCUAGUUUAUUGGGCAAUGUUGUUUUUUCAUUUGACCUGUGCAGUCAUAAGAAUACAACUUUGUAUAAUCAAAUUGAAUUAUACAAUAAAAAAUGAUAAUACUCUUAUGUAUAAUAAGGAGUUAUGUUUUACUUGCACAUUUAAUUAUUUGUCUAUCUGUACCAGUGUGUUGUUUUAUUUUUGUGAUAAAAUUGUGUUUAAAAAAAUUUUCUUUAGUGUUGUUAAAGUAUUAACAAAUAUCUAACUGUGUUACAUUACUUUGGGGGCAGUACAUGUUUACAUUGUUUUGUUUGGAAGAAAAAGUCCAGCUGUUAUUAUGACGUCUUCGUCGUCCUUGCCAUUGUCAUGGUGCAAAAAUUUUAUGUAGCCCACUUAUACUCUUACAAUUUUAAAGGUAUCAAUGUAAAUCUUGGAAUGCUUGCUAGUUAAUCAAGGGACAUUGUUCUGAAGGCUUUACUUUUGGAGUUACAUGCCUUUUCAACUAAGAAAUUUUGUUAAAACUAAGGCUUACGAAGCUUAAUAUCUUUUAAGAGACUUGUUCAUCUUCCAAUACAGUCUAGACCAUUUAUUAUUUUUAGGGAAGAAUUCAAAAUAAAUAAAUGAAUAGGGUACAUUAUUGAGCAUAAUUAGUAGGUAAAUAUUUGCCCACUGAUCUUGGUCGGUACUUGUCACAUGGUUAGAAUCUGCUGUCGACAGCAGGCAACAGGUUGAUACAUGUAUAUUAUUAGUUAUAAAGAUUCUUGACAGUUUAUAUGACCCUAUGUAAAUUGGCUGUUUGCAUAUAUAACUCAAACCACUAGGGUUAUAUUUUAAAACAACAAUUUAUAUACGGACAUAUAACCUGUCAGGAAAGUUUAUAACAAUUUUAUAAUACAUUGUACAAAAAACUCCAUUUUUGAGAGAGAAAAAUUGAGAUUUCUCUAUAAAUUGACUGCAGUCAUGUACGUGUGCAUGAAACUAUAGAAAUGUCACAAUUGUCCAAUAAAAAGCGAUGUUACAAAUAAGCAGUAUGACAGUAAAAUUUAUAUCACAUUGGGAUUAUACAGACAGUCACUAAAAUAUCAGUAUUUGCAACAAUAUUCAGCUUUAUAUCUGUCCAACAGCAUACAUGUUUUAGUGUAUAUAUUUUAAGAAUCAUUAGUUUUAGAAUCAUUUUUUUGCAUAGCUUUAAUUGGUAUGUAUAAUAAAAGCCUUUAACCAUAGAAUUCAAAAACUUUUAGCAAGUUAUAAAAUCAAAAAUUUAUGCAAUGACAGUGUUUUAUGUAUGUUUAUUGUUAAAUGUUAUUGUUUUUGUUUUCUAAUAUGAGUAUAAAUGAUUACUUUAGAUGAAGUUUAAGCAAUGGUUAUGAUCUUGAAGUAGAGUAUUUAGAGCUUGAUUUGAAAGAACACUUAAAACGGGCAUUGAGUAAAAAAUGAGGUGGCUAUUUUACAUUUUAGAGAUAUGCUUAUUUUUUUAUGCUUAUUUUUGUACACAUUGUUGAAUUGUACAUUUGUUAAAUUUAGUUUUAUCAGUAGUAUUAGACUAAUUUUAGUACAACUCCUGAAUGCAAUGUUUAAGAAACAUUCUGUAAUACUAGUACAUGUAUAUCAUUUUGUGAAAAUACAAUGCACAUGUACAGUGCAACCUUUGCAGAGUGACCCCCUGUAGAGCAAUCACCUCUAUACAACAACAGGAGAAUUAAAUCUACCCAAGCUUAGAUUUAACGCUGAACACUUCAACUUCUCUAGACCAACACCUCUCCGAAACAACCAAAAUUUUUGCCUCCCAAACGGUGUCUUUCUGAAGAGGUUUCACUGUAGUUUCAAAUGUACUUUAUAUAUAAACAUGUAUAUAUGUUACAAUUAUAUAAAAGUUAUAUUGUUGGUUUGUUUUAUGUAAACGUCUUUGUUAAUGUAGCUCAAUGUUAAUGAAAUCCAUGCUGUUACUGAUACAUGUUGAAAAUCAAUAGUUCCUUUUAUCCCUUGCAUAACGCUUUGAAAUUGCUUGUUAAGGUUUUCCAUGCAGGUUCUAUUCAUACACCUGUGGAAGGUGUUCACUUAAAUGUAUUUUUUGCAUGAGGAUAUUCACUUCUUCUCAAAUAAUAAAUUUUUUCAGUUAUAAAAAAAAAGCUGAUUUUAUGACUUGUUACACUUUGGUAUGGGGUGAAAUGUGUCAUGUGUUAAUUUCAGUAUUAAAUCUUGCUUCACUUCUUCUGUGACUUUUCGUAAAUUGAAAAUUUUCUUUAUCCUGUUUUAACUAACUAAUCAUUACAUUUUUCAUUGUUUUUUUGGUAAAAAUUCAUUCGAUUUUCAUUCUAUGAUUUAAUGAAUUUGGUUUAUCAUGGUAUUUUCAUAACCGUCCAAGAAUAUUUUGAUAAGGCUGCUGAUAACAAGGUUACCAAAUAUUCCAAGCUACUGUUCUAAAACUGUUUUGCUUAUAUUAUCAGAUAGUACAUAAUUAUUCGUGUAAAAACCUGAUAUACAGGUGUUUCUAUUAUACAUGUAAUUAUGUUAUGUAGUAAAAAACACUUGACUUAAGAGGUAUCCCUUUUUUAGAGAGAAAUCAGGUUUUGUCUUCGCUGUAAAAAAAACGAUGUUAACUGUUUAACAUAAGAGUACAAAUUGUUAUUAAUAUAUUUAUCAUAUAUAUAAGGGGGGGGGGGUGUACCUAGCCUAGUUGACUUCAAGCCACUUGCCCCUCACUUCUGUAGGUUUGAAUCCCGCCAGUGACUUAAGAUUCUUUCAUGUGAGGAAGUUGUCAAGUGCAGCUAUCUAACAGAACGUCCGUGGUUCUACUCAGGUGUUCAUUUGUGCCUGAAAUAAUGCACAGAAGGGAACCUGAGGUCUUCCUCCAGUAGUAAACAUGGAAAGUCGCCAUAUGACUUGAACAUUGUAGGUAUGUGUGGGGGGAAUGAUAGCAUUAUAAGACUUAAUGGCCCUUUGAUAUUAUAAUAUUUUGGAUAGAUAUCAUUUUGUUUGACUGCAGUGCUCAUUUUUGUGGGCUUUGUAGCGUGAUAAUGCUCUAAGGUAAAUAAUACUAAGUAGCUUCAAUCAAUUGAUCUGUGUCAUUUGGCAAGGAUAUCAAUAAAAUGAAUGUUCCAUCUCAAAUAUAAUUAUGUUGUAUUACACUUGUAUUUGAUAUGAUAAGAUUUGAUAGACUGUGAGAUCUUUAACCCCAAAAGAAGUAUUGAUUAAGAUUGGUUUAUAUUGAAAUGCAAAGUGUGAAUUUGAUUGGGUUUUUUUUCUUCAUGAAAAUAGGAUUAAAUAUACAGUAUGUAUAGAAUUUUAUUUUUUUGCCUUUGAUGUAAAAAAUUAAGAUUGGAAAUUGGUUUGAAAGAACAAACAAAUAUAUUGUGAGAGGUUAUAGAAUAUCAUUACGGAUGCACUGUGUAACAUAGUUUCACUGUAGACAUUUAGUGGAAGAAAACACUCUAAAAAGUUGUUACUAUCAAAGUAUUUCAUGUUUUUUUAUUUGCCUUAAACCUCAGUUUUGUUCGUCUGAUGAAAUUUUCUACGCUGCAUAAGGAAAAUGUAAAAAAAAGUUAUUGACAAUUUUAUAAUACAGUAGGUUUAAUGCAUCUUGGUGAUUGAAUGGAAAGGGCAAAAAUGUAAUUUGAUAUAUUUCUUUUGAGCAUGAACACAUUAGUGAAAAAGAUUGUAUUGAACGAAAUUAAUCAUGAAAAUUAAUAUGUGAUAUUUUAUCAAAGCAUGUAUUGUUGAAAAAUGUAUUUAAGAAUUAAUACUAUUCAAGUUUUAAUUAAGAAAUAAAUGUCAUAUUAUUAAAGAUCUAAGAAUUUUAAUUUGAAAAAAAAAAUGAAUGUGCUUUACAACAGCUUUGUUAGGCAAAGUGAAUAUAAAUUUGUUAAGGGUUUAACAGUUUACAAGUAAAUACUCUAUAAUUUUCUUGAAUAUUUUACUAUCACAAUUACAAUUACAGGUUUAUUCUAAAAUAAAAAUUCAAUAUUAUAUAGUAUGCAUAAUUUUUAAAUAGAACUGUGUAAAAAAGGGAAAUUAACUAGUUUAUAAUCAGAUAAUUUAUUCUGUAAUUAAAACUAUUCAUUGACAGAAUCUCAAAUUUCACAUACUUGUUGAGUCUCAUAAUUUUACUUUAAAGGUACAUAAUGCCUCAGAAAUCCAUAUUAAUUAAAUUCUUUAGAAAUGUCAAACAUGUGUUAAAUAAUGUUUUAUUUGUGAAUUUAGAUUAUGUUAGAUGUUCAACAGCUUGAGAAAGUAGAACUGAAUGUGCAGUAAUGUGCCGUAAAAGUAGCAAAAUGUAAACAAACUAGUAUUUUGACAUACAAAAUAUCAAUUUACUAUAAUUUUACGAAUUGCCAACAAAGCAAAGAUAGUUUAUCUUUAUGGCAAAUGAAUAUUUUUUAAAAUCUUUAACAAAGAAAAAAAAUGAUAGCAUUUCUGAGGCACAAUGGGCUUUAAAAGGCAAUUUACCAUUGAUGUAAAAUAAUUUAACUGUCCUGACAAUGUAUAUGUCUUAAAAUAAGAUUCUGACUAUGGGACACAUGUCAUUUUUUCAUAUUUUUUUUAACAUGAAUAAAAUAUAGCCUUAUACUUCUUAUAAUUUUAAUAUCAAUAUUAUGAAAAGUAAAGUUAUGUAUCAGCAAAGUUUCCUCCAAAUAUUUACUUUAAAAAUUAUAAUUCACGGCAGUCUGAAGCAACUCUUGUGUAUGUCAAGAGCUUUAAAAUUUUCAUAAGAUUAGAACGGCCAGGUUGUAAAAAAGGGUGUCCAUUUUCAUUUUGUUUUUCUCUUCAUUUACACAAAUCAAUUUCAUUUUACAGAUAUGUCCCUUUAAAGUUAUAAAAAAACAUACCGGUUAUAGUUCAUAAGUGUGUAUUCUAUGUGUUAAUUACAUGUGAUGUGAAGGUCAGGUAGGAACUGACUGGCCAGACUUUGUUGUGCCUGAUUGUUCUUGUAUAUAUUGUUAAUUGGUUGUAUCAAAAUUGUAUGUGUUAUAUGUUAAGGAGAAGAUGUCAUUAAUUAUAUAUAUAUUUCUAUGUUUUAUUGUGACAAAUUAAUAUGCUUGAAAAUAAAUGUUAUAACUGUA